AUGAAUUUCAUAGCUCAUGAAACAACUGUGAUCCAGGCCAUGAUGUUGCCUUGGUCUUGGCAUGAACUCAAUAAUUGUGGUCAUAGCAGCCGGGGUCAUGGUCGGGGUCGGGGUCGUGUGCGCGGACAACAUGACACUGGACUUGGCCGUGGCAGUGGUCAUGGAUGCAAUAGGUCGCAUUUCAAUGAAUACAUUAUCGCUCCUUCAUCAAGUCUGCCAAUUACUCACGAGAGGGUCAAAUUUACCUCACAACUGCACGGUGGUCUAGCUGCAUCUCGUCAAGAUGUCAUCAGGUCCUUGGAGGCAUCUUCUUUCACCAACGCACAUUCUGCAGACAUUAUUCUUAGUGAUAACAUCGGCGACAAUGGGAAUGGUGAUUACUAUGCAGCAAUGGAUGAGGAUCCUUCACCUGAAGUGGAAGUAGGAUCUCUGAAUAAGCGCAAGCGCACAGCUGGUGACCAUCCUCUCCUUAAUUGGAUUGAUCAUUGGGAAUUAUUCCUUCUCAAGAUGCUUCGCCACGACGGAAGAGGUGAUGGUGUCUCGUCGACCUUCUGUGACACCUGCGGGAUCACUGUUGGUGUAUACCACUGUAAGGAUUGUUUCAUGCCCGGAUUAUCAUGUCAGAUGUGUGUUGUUCAUACUCACGCACAUUCACCGAUGCAUCGUGUAGAGAAGUGGAAUGACAAGUGCUUCCAAAAUGUGACUCUUAAAGAUCUGGGGCUUUGCAUGCAACUCGGUCAUAAGAUUGGUGAAUCAUGCCUGCUUCCCAACCGAGUGUUCAAUGAUGAUUUCAUCCUCAUCGACACCCUUGGCAUCCACCCUAUGGCCAUGGAUUUUUGUGGGUGUGACAGAGCACAAACUCACACCCAACAACUGUUAUGUGUUGGUUGGUUCCCUGCGACAACCAGUGACCCAAGAACUGCAGCGACAUUUGGCAUGCUCUGGCAGUUCCACAUCUUGUCAUUUGAGUCGAAAGUUUCCUCAUACGAAUUUUACCAUUCUUUAGCUCGUCUCAUGGACAAUACAGGCCUUCUGAAGCGCAAGGAUCGGUAUGAGGUGUUCAUGCGCAUGGCGCGUGAAUUUCGGCAUGUGAAGAUGCUGAAGCGAGCUGGCUGUGGACACGAUCCUUCAGGCAUCAUUGCCACACAGCAGGGUGAAUGCGCGGUUUUAUGCCCAGCAUGCCCUCAGCCCGGGAGGAAUCUUCCUCAUGCUUGGCAACUUGCUCCAAAAGGAAAAAGAUGGUUAUAUGGCCUCUUUCUUGCAAUCGAUGCGAACUUUUGCCUGAAGAGGCAGAUAGUCUCAAAGGAUACUGUGGAUCCGAGUUUGUCCUGUGGGUGGGGAUACUUUGUCGACGAGACCACAUACAAGACACAUCUUACCAAUCACGGCAUGGAAGCCCAAGAGAAAAGCAUGUGCGCUAGUCAUAAUGCAGUGAACAUGGCAGAAUCGAAAUAUAUUAAUAUGGAUUUUCUGUUCUUUUCAACCUUAUGUCACCGCUCUCUCGAAGUUCUUAAUGUGUCAUAUGAUAUCGCGUGCCAGUGGCACAAAAAUCUGUGGGCCAGGAUGGUAACACUUCCAGAGGAUUAUCAGCUUGAUCACGCAAUCAAAACUGUUCGCUUCUUCGUACCCAAAUUCCAUCUUCCUGUGCACAUCGCAAAAUGCCAGACAAUGUUCUCUUUCAACUGGUCUCAUUGGGUUGGGCGCACUGAUGGCGAGGCUCCAGAGCGAGGAUGGUCAAACAUCAACCCAGUGGUUUCUAGUACAAAAGAGAUGGGUCCAGGCUGUCGAUGGGACACGUUGGACAAUCAUUUCGGAGACUGGAAUUGGAAGAAGGUCGUCAACUUAGGGGCGAGCUUGCUAUGGAAGAUGAAAGAAGCAAUGCAGGAGAAGGUGGCCUUCCAUGUGGCCUUUGAAGAACUCAAUGCUGCCAUUACCAAAGAACAUUGCAUAGCCUGGACGGCAGAGGUAGAAAGGUGGGAGGAUAAUCCCAAUGACACGUGUGUGCCAAAUCCAUUUGAGGCUAAAUCAAUAGCAAUCAUGCAGGCUGGUGCACGCCUGAAACUAGCGCAACUGGAGGCAAAGGAGCUGGAAAGGGAGGCAGGUGUAUUGCUGCACCUGGAGGUCUCACCGAGUGUCUUCAUAGGAUUGGGUCUGGAUUUAGAAGAAGAGCAAUGGCGUGUCACUAGGUUCAUGAAGGGUCUGGGUAACCACGUCACGGAUACCCAGAAAGGAAACCUGCAAUGUCAGAGGAACACUUUACAUCGCAAAAUCGAGUCAUGGUGGAUCACGCAAGCGCUAUACAUGCCUAUCGUGCAUGGCACACUCUCUACUUCAAUAUCACCAUCCUCUGAUUUAGGGAUCGAUAAUGCGGAGGACUUGAGGCUUUUUCUCCCUUCUGCUAUCGGCAAUCGUCCAUGCCACGACCACCUGCGACUCUACGAAUGGGAACUACGCCUGGCUCAGGCACAUGACGCGCUGGAAGAACUCAGGCAAUGUCUGCAGAUACGCUCAUCACUCUUGACAUACAAGAAGGACUGGGUCUGCGGGCAGGGUGCGAACACAAGGGCUCAAAAUGCCUUGGAACGUGUUACUGGAAGACAAGCAGCCUGUACAGCAAGGUACCAUGCUUCAUGGGACGCGCUGAAUGUCCUGGCAGGAGAGCUUGGAAAAGUGGGGUGGCAAGGAGGACUUUGGCCACUGGAGCCUGACGAUAUACGACCGCUUAUUGAUCCAGCUAUCAUUCCUGGGCAGGGGAGACGAAAACUGACCUGGAUUUGGAGGAUGAGUGGCGUAGAUAGUGGUGGAGAUGGUACAGAUGAAAACAGCGUGAGGGUAGAAUGGUGCAAAGUGCGAGCUUGUGCGAUGCGCUGGGCUGAGGAGGUCGAAUUGCUCCAUGAAGAAAUGUGUUGUGUCCUUCAAUUUUUUCUGUGGCAGGCCAGCUGGUGGGAUGAGCAGGGGCAUUGGCAUGUGGAGGAGGAUACAGGGUGUCUCGAGGGUAUAUGA